CCCUAGGAGCUGCCCAAGAUGCAAACAGCCCUCGUGUGCCUGUGCUUGUGCCUGCUCAGCACAGCCCUCUCGACACCCGUGCCGCCGCUGCCUGGGAGAGCUGCCGGGAACUGUGUGGGACAGCACCGGAUACUGCUGAAAGGCUGCAAUGCCAAGCAUGGCUUCUACGUUUUCAAAUAUGUCUACUCGUUUUCAACGCAGAGGAACCAGACGCAGAUAAAGAAGGAAGAGGCCGACAGCCAGAGCGCCAUCCCCAGCCGCCGGCUGGGCGAGGACAAUGCCAGGCAGGGGCCGACAGAAGACAGGGCAGCCCCGGAGCAAGAUGACAAUGGCAGCACUGAUGCAAUGGAGAAUGGGACCGGCCUCAAGCCUGAAAACCGCAGUGCCCCAGGUGUUGGCGGGGAUGCUCACAGUCCUCGCCUGGGCACCGGCACACGAGCGCGUGGUGGUGUCGGCGUCAUAGGUCCCACCCCAGCCAGCUCAGAGGGCAGUGGCGACCUGGAUUUGGUGGUUGAAGUUGACGGUGGUGUUUCCAUUCUCCCCCAGGGUGGACGCCCCGGCGAGGCCGUGGCGGGGAACAGGUCCGGUGUCAGGGGUGAGGACAGGGACGAUGGUACCCCCGGGGGGAUUCCAGUGGAGGGGGCCAUGACAGCUGGGAGGGAGAGGGCCCCUGCCACCGGAGGGGCUGGGGACGAGGGCAGUGGCGAGGCCACUGUCACCGGCCAAGGGCAGGAGGGCGUCAUGCGGGGCACAGGGACAGGAGGCGCCACUCUCACCUCUGUCACCGAGAAGAUGGAGGACGUCCAAGUUGACGCCGAAGGUGUGGAUGAAUAUGCUUACAUCCCCGACUCAGGCAGCGUUGCUGUCACCCACGGGAAGGUGGGCAGCACAGUGAGGGCCACCAGCUUCACCCAGAUCUCUCCGGACAAGGAUGACGAGGUUAACAUCUUCAUUGGAAGAGCCAACAUUCACGUAGGGGAGCAAGAAACCACCCAGGGUGGUGCCACUGUUGGCAGUGAGGAUGACGGCAUCCCCACUGCGGGAACCAGCAGCCCCUUGCCCAGGCUGGGCAUCACUGCAGCACACAAUGGUGAUGGCGAUGAUGGCAUCCCUGCUCGCAGGCAGCCUGAAGGACUGGCUACCACAGCCACCGCAAGCCAUGGGGACAGCGUCACCAGCAGCCCUGGGGAUGGCCAUCCCACAGGAGAUGAUGAGGUUGGUGACACCACCAUUGGUGAUGGAGAAGAACCGGUGGCCCCUGGCCCCUGGAGGGUCACUGGUGGUGACAUUACCAUCCCCGCGGGGGCUGGCAUCCAUGGGAAUGGUGAUGUUGAGGUGAGAGGUGAGGGGCAGAGGUUCGAGGGGAGGCCGGGCCACCUGGCUGUCACCAACCCCCGCCAGGGGGGUGACAAGGAGGCCACUGCCGCUGCCCCAGCCAAGGGGGCCAGCAUCCGCCUGGGCGCCACCAUGGCCUCCCCCAGGGUGAGUGAGGGGGACUGCACCACUGCCCUGGGGAUGACUGGUGGCCGCAAGGCAGGCAAGAGCACCAUGGCGGGGAGAGGAGGGAGCGGGGAAGUGGGGCCAGCCACCCCCCAGCCCUAUGGGGAAGGACGGCCUGGGAAGGGGGCGAGGGUCCAGCCGGGGGUAGCGGGGCUGGACAAGACAGCCAAGACAGACAAAGUGCCGUCGCCCCGCAGGAAAGCUGGCAGCCGGGCAUCAAGUGGGGCCCAGAUGAGCGCUGGUGGCCAUGGCGGCAAUGCCGGGGGCAGACUGCAUGCCACUGAAGCAGGACGCAGCCCCCCUCCGCAGGCAGGGCAAGCCAGGGGCAGUGUGGCAGCGGGCAAAGGCUGGGAGCAGGGGCGAAGUGGUGAUGCAGCAGUGGCAGGGGCUGGGGGUGGCCGCCUCCCCAGGCGCCAUGGCAGGAGGCCAGGGGCUGGGGCGCCAGGGACAUUUGCAGCGCUGGGCCGCAGCAGGCAGGUGGACCAGGUGAAGCGUGCUGACGAGCGCCACGUCCGCGAGCGGGCCUUUUACGCCCUCGGCGGGGCAGGGGGUGGCCCCCGCGGCUCCUACAGCAGCCUCGGCAGUGCCGACAGCAGCCAGUCCUCAGAGGGGGAGCGGGGCAGCCGCAGCGACAGCCGACAGACGGGACUGCGGCCCUCGGGGUGGGGAGCCCCAGGGCACUCCCACGGCCGCUGGAGCCAGGGGCCCCUCUGA